AUGAGGCUAGGAGAAGGUGUGGAGUAUGAUGAUAAAGUGUUGGAGUUUUUGGAAGGAGAAAAGGUGGAGGAAAGACUGAAAGAAGUGUUAAGUCAUGAGGUAAUAGAUGAGGAGGAAGCGAUUCUGUUAAGAAGAGUGGCUAUGUGCAGGUAAGUAACAGAGUUAGACCAAACUGUAGUUACAUAAUUUGCAUUGAGUUAGGCUGAUGUACGGCAAUUACCAGCGUUCUGGAACAGUGAAGAACAUUGAAAUGGAGGAAUAUAGAAACAGGAUAAAAUCAGAAGAGCACGAUGUUAUUUUAGUAAAAAACCAUAAAACCAAGGAUCGUUAUGGUUCUGCAAAAGUUGUUUGCAAAAAAGAAACAGUAGAGGUCAUAGAGAAAUAUCUGGAAUAUGCUCCGGAGAGCAAAUACCUCUUUGUGACCAGAACAGGACAUCAAGUGGCAAAUCCCUUUAGGGAACUAGAAAAUUUGUGCAUCCAAAUGGGACACCAGCCCAUCAAGAUAUCUCCAACGGAGCACCGGAAACAGAGUGCUUCUAGAGUGGAACUAGGAAGGGACGAAAAAAUGACAUUAAAGAUUUCACAAAUGAUGGAUCAUUCCAUAGACACCCAUAGGGCAAAAUAUACCUUUGUCAACACAGCAAAAGAGGCCAUUGGUGCCUACAAAACACUGCAAGACUGGCGACAUAGCCAACAUACAAAAAAAGAACAGAAAAUUGAAGAAUGUGAGGACAGAGAACGUGAAGUAAAGAGGAAGCGAAAGUGGAACUUGCUACAUGAUUUGUCAUGUAGCAAGUGCUUUUAUAUGUCGCAAAAUUUAUACCAGCAACUGCUUAAAGAGCUUAAAUCUCAACAUGCGUCUUUAACUACUGAUUCUUGGACAAGCAAAAUGACUGAAUCAUACACAACCUUGACCAUCCUUUGGAUAAACAAGAAUUGGGAGCUCAUUAACAAAGUACUAUUCACUAAAGAGCCGUCUGAAAGACAUACUGGUAUAGAUAUAGCUAAUUGCCUGAGAGAUGGAUGUGUGGAGUGGGGUAUUUCUGAGGAACACAUCACAGCCAUUGUGCAUGACAACGCAAGUAACAUGAUGGCAGCAUCAAGAGAGCUUGGAUAG